AUGGAUGGAGAAACUGGAAGUGCUGAGCAGGUUCACGGACCAAAAGAAAUUACUGAAAGACCAAAAUGGGACAAUAAAGUUCAAUAUUUGCUCACCUGCAUAGGUUUUGCUGUGGGACUUGGAAAUGUGUGGAGAUUUCCAUAUCUGUGCCAAAUCUAUGGUGGAGGUGCGUUUCUGAUUCCUUAUGGCAUUGCCUUUGUGUUCGAGGGACUUCCUCUGCUGCACAUGGAACUGGCCAUCGGACAACGGCUCCGCAUGGGAAGUGUUGGGGUGUGGAAUUCAAUAUCCCCUUAUCUGGGAGGUUUAGGUGUGGCUUCCUUGGUAGUUUCCUUCCUAGUGGGUCUGUUCUACAACAUGAUCCUGGCCUGGAUCCUCUGGUACUUCUUCCACUCCUUUCAAAGUCCACUUCCCUGGAGGGACUGCCCGUUGAACUUGAAUCGUACUGGCUAUGUAAGUGAGUGUGAGAAGAGCUCCCCAGUGAACUACUUCUGGUAUCGUGAGACCCUGAACAUCACACCAAACAUCGAGACCAGUGGGCCCCUGCAGUGGUGGCUCGUGCUGUGUCUGGCAUCUGCUUGGUGCCUCGUGUACAUCUGCUUCAUACGUGGAAUUGAGACUAUUGGAAAGGCUAUUUACGUCACGGCCACGUUUCCCUACCUCGUUUUGACCAUCUUCCUGGUCAGAUCCUUGACUCUGGCUGGGGCCACGGAUGGCUUAAUAUAUCUUUUCACACCAAAUUGGGAAACUCUGAAGAAUCCUAAGGUCUGGUUGGACGCGGCUACUCAGAUCUUUUUCUCUUUGUCUUUGGCUUUUGGGGGACUUAUUGCUUUUUCCAGUUACAAUGUUCAGAAGAAUAAUUGUGAGAGAGAUGCCCUAAUUGUCGGCUGCGUGAACAGUUUUACAUCGAUAUAUGCAUCUAUUCCUAUUUUUGCCAUUCUUGGAUUUAAGGCAAAUGAAAACUACAAUGUGUUUACUGAAGCGGUGAUCAAAAUGCCAGGCGCUCAGGUGUGGGCAGUGCUCUUCUUCGUCAUGCUCUUCAGCCUCGGCCUGUCCUCCAUGUUUGGAAAUCUAGAGGGGGUCCUUACGCCUCUGCUGGACCUGCACAAAAUUCCAUCCUGGAUUCCUAAGGAAAUCUUCACAGGGUUAAUGUGCCUCAGCUCCUUUACUGUGGCCCUCCUCUUCACUUUGGGCUCUGGAAACUACUGGCUGGAGAUUUUCAACAGCUAUGUUGGAUCCAUGCCUCUGCUUAUCAUAGCCUUCUUUGAGAUCAUCAGUGUGGUGUAUAUAUAUGGAAUAAACAGAUUUAAUGACGACAUCGAAUGGAUGACCGGGCGGAGACCAAACAUCUACUGGCAGGCCACUUGGCGCUUCAUCAGUCCUCUCAUGCUGCUGGUGGUGUUUGUGGCAUACGUCGUCGUCGAGGCUGAGAAACGACCAACAUAUAACACCUGGAACCCAGAAUACGUGCACUUCCCCCUCGCUGAUGUUCAGCACUAUCCUGAAUGGGUGCUUGUUAUCUGCGUGCUCUUAUCUGUCCUUCCUGUUGUAUCAAUUCCUCUUGUGGCGCUCUACAGAUUCCUGGGUUUCCUGAAGAAGUACAUCAUGAAAAGGCACAACCCAAAUCCAUAUGGAAAUGAAUUAUGUCAUGGAGAAUUGUAAAUUAAACUUUUUCAUUUGUUUCAUCUGAUUGGUGGUCAGGACGACAAGUGGUACAUAUUUGAGAUACGUUGUCAUUUAAUAACCUUGUGUAUUUUUCAAUUGAAAACAAUAAGUGUUGUUACUGAUUAUUUUCAUGUUUUGGGUUUUUUAAUCUUUUGUAUAGUAUGGUAUAAUAAACAUCUAAUCACAUUACAGUUUAAAUUACAUUAUCACUUGAAUAGUUAUAGCUAUCAUUUCAGUAUGUUAUCAAAAAGCAAACUUUAAAAAAAGAUGUGCACAAGUAUAUUUCUGUUAGAGGAAAUGCAAACAUUGUCUGCUAGAUCAAAUCAAUGGAGGACAAUAUCGAAGGGGAAACAUAUCAAUAAACAGAAUACCAAAAGACUAACUGAAUAUCGGUUCAUUUCCUCUGUUGAUGUUUUGAAUGGGAAAAAAGAGGAGUGAUGGAUAAGCGCAUUAUUAAUAUUAUCAGUAGCAAGGCUGUGUCACUGUUUAAUCUGCUAAAAUCAUCAUCUUCAUCAUGUAAAUCACCUUCCUGUCUAUGAAGAUAUAAUAGUAGUCUGCCUUCUACCCCUGCUGUUAUCUGCAAGUGUGAAGAGUGAGCUGGUGUUGCAUCUUUGAUGUCACUUUUGUGCAUGUCAACAGUGCAUGUGGGUGUAUGAGACGAGUAGAACGGCUCUUGUGUGUGUGAGGGAACAUGCAUGUGCUCACUGACCAUGCGCAUGUGUGUAUUUUGAGCCAUACGAGUUACACAGUUGUCCUUUUUGUGGUGUGGCUGGACGGUGAUAUUGUCCCCCCGGUGUCACGUGCUUUGGAAUAUGCUGGCGGCCUUUGUUGUCCCACUGCCCGUGCUGCUUUUCUGGCACUUUCAUACAAAGGUGCACUUGAACACUGUGAUGUUAUUAAGCCUUUCAAACUACUACAGUAUGAAUUCCAGCUCUCAGGAAAGACUAUCAUCCCAAUGUAGGAUACAUGGCACAAGAUAAAACAUCGAGGAAUAACGGCGAGGAUUGAGAGCAACAUCAGAACAAAGGUGACGAUUGACCCUGCAUUGACUUGUGAGCACUUUAAUUAUUGUUUGUUUGAGAGAGCAUUUACAAAGCUAUGCAUGAUGUCACACUAAUGUGACUGCAAAAUCAUAUUGUUUGAUACACUUUUCAGUUUGAUCCUAUUCACAUUCCUAUGGCAGCCAUUAUCCAUGCCCUAUUCAAAGUGUGAGGAAUGUGAAAGAGGUUACAACUGUUUACUGACGAUGUACUGUUCAAAAGGACAUGGCAUUCCCACUUUUGUAAACUUUCUGUCUAGGAAAAAAUUAUGUUGUAUGUUGAUUUUUGGUCCUGUCAAUAUAAUUUCUUUCAAGUAUGAUAAUAGCCAAUAAUCCUAUAAGUGGUCUAAACAUUCUUGUAAUCAUCAACAACCACGUGGAGUAGGAGUCUUUCAAAACAUCCACGUGAUGCUGUGAUCUACUGCCACUGUGCUAUCAACAAUGGGACAAGAGCGCAACAAGUUCAGCAGUUUUUUGACCGAAGAUCCCACACUAGGAAAUGUCCCAGCGAGCAGACGCCUCCCAGUGUGGGGGGGUUGUGGUCGAGUCCGAGUCCGACGACAUCACAGCAAAUAGGAAUAGGAGUGUACCAGGUGAGCUCAACUUUGAAUCAAACUAGAAUGUGUGCAAUAUAUUUAUAGCUAAUAUGUGUGCUUAUUUAAUUUCCCUGUGAUUCUUUGAAAGGUUCAGCUCUUAUCUACCUCAAGGGUCCCAAGUUUCUCAUCUAUGUCAGUGGAGUAUUGUCAAUGUGGGUAAGAGUCAUUUCCUGAAGAAACUAAUUCCU